UUAUACAGAGCAGCAAAAAGGGGGUUGCUGAAUGCAGUAAUAAUUUGGUUGCACGUUCUUUAGCCUCACUCACAGGCACAAGCACAGUGAACUCUCUUUUUCUUCUCUUUCAUUCAGAUACAAAUCGUCUUUCUUUUUAGCCCUACUCCUACUGGUAUAGUCAAAGCUGUCAAAUCUUUGCUUUGCUUCCUCGAUCUUAAAUGUAUCAUUUCAAAAUCAAAGAAUUAUAUCAAUGCCCGGCAGCCCAGCACGCCACUUUUCCCCUUUCCCUUUUUUGCUUCUCCCUCGCUGCAAUUUCGAAAGAAGCCGGUGAAGAUUCUGUUUUUCUAAGCACCCAGCAUUUCUCUUGAUCCCAAUUCCAAAAGAUUCAAUUUUUUUUGAUACCCAGAAGUUUUCUUGAUCAAAAAGGUUUUUGGGUGAUAAUGCCUAGGCAGAAUCGGGUGGGGAUAGAGGGUUUGGUGCCCAAAGUCCGGAAAAGGGGGUGUUCGUCGUCUUCAUCUGCGUCGUCGAGAGUUCAUAACUACAGAUUCAAGCGGGCCGUUGUGGUGGGGAAGGCCAGACACGGGUUGGGAUUGGGCGGUGGGUCCAGAUCCAGCACUCCGGUGCCGCCAUGGAAAACGGCGCCGCUUCUGAGGACCGCCGUCGAGUCCCCCACCGUCUCUCAGGCGGCGACGUCUCGCCCAGUUUCGGCGAGAAAGCUCGCCGCCACUCUCUGGGAGAUGAACGAAGUGCCGUCGCCGAGAAUUGCGGAGGAGGAGUUGGACCAGAGGAAGAAGAAGAAGAAGAUGGCGAUGAAUCCGACGAUGAUGAUGAUGAUGAUGAAGGAGAAAAUAAUGCGGUCGGGACAUUCCGGGUCGGAUUCGGUCUCGGGCUCCCUCCCUCCCCACUUGUGUGAUCCAUCUCAUAGCCCAGUUUCUGAGAGGUUUGAUCGAUCGGGAACAGGAAGUUACCAGAAGAGGGCAUCAACUACUUCACACAGACCGAGGCCAGUAGACCAUAAUGUCGGAGUUUUAGAUUCUUUAAGCAGUGCCAGUCUAAUGGAGAUGGAUACUAGGUCCCGGGCAAGUGUAUCUGUCGUUGGUGUUAAAAACCGUUUGAAAGACAUUAGUAAUGCGUUGAUCACAUCCAAAGAGCUUCUAAAAAUAAUCAAUCGGAUAUGGGCAAAUGCCGAUCCACCGUCUUCUAGUAUGUCUCUUGUCUCGGCAUUACACGCUGAACUUGAAAGGGCUCGCUUGCAGGUUAACCAGCUUAUUCAAGAACAGAGUUUGGAUCAAAGCGAGAUCAAUUAUCUCAUUAAAUGCUUCGCUGAAGAGAAAGCGGCCUGGAAAAACAAAGAACAGGCUGCGAUUGAGUCUAUCGCAAAUGAACUUGAGGUGGAGAGGAAACUGAGGCGACGAUGCGAGAACUUGAACGGGAAACUCGGGAAAGAGCUGUCCGAAACGAAAGCAUCGUUCGUGAAGGUUGUGAAAGAGCUCGAGAACGAGAAGAGAGCGAGGGAGAUGAUGGAACAAGUAUGUAACGAUUUAGCUAGGGACAUUGGCGAAGAUAGAGUGGAGGUGGAAGAGAUGAAGAGGGACUCCGCUAAAGUUCAGGAAGAGAUUGAAAAGGAACGAGAAAUGCUCCAAAUAGCCGACAAGUUACGCGAGGAGAGAGUCCAUAUGAAACUCUCGGAGGCCAAACAUCAGUUCGAGGAGAAAAGUUCUGCCGUUGACAAGCUGAGGAAACAGCUCGAAUCGUUCUUGGGUGGCAAGAAAAAAUCUAAACGAAAGGGAAAUGGCUCUACCGAGGAAAAAAUGGCCGCAUGUUCAAAUAAAACUCCUAUUACCUCCCACCGGGAACAUGACGGAGGAGAAACGGUGAAUGCUUUGGACUGUGGGGAGGAGUCAGCCGAAAGCGAUCUUCAUUCUAUCGAACUAAACAUGGAAAACACUAAUAAGAACCCCAAAGGGGCUUAUUAUCCUUCUGCCAUCAACCGGGAGUCCAAGAGAGUUUCAGUCGAUGAAAUAAAAGUAAGAAACUCUCUCAUACCUAGAAGAAGCAGUACACUUCUAAGGAGCAUUUCCGAUGCGGUUGACUGGGGCACUGAAGCAGGAAACAUCCAAAACCCAGGAGACGGGAUGAGCCACGGGUUAGAUUGGGAGAGGCUCCAUGAGCUCGAGAAACUAGGUAAAAAAUACGCUUAUGCAGAGGAAAUCCAAAGAAUAAAAGCAAUAGCGGGCAUGAAGAACCAUACUUUCGCUGUCUCCAGUCCAUCUCGGCUAUGGGACCAACCACGGUCCUCCCGAGACCCUGGUGGAACACCUGUGGAAAGAUCCGGGAUUACUCUCGAGAGUACUCUAAAGUCAAGACUCGCAGAUAUGAGAGGCGAAGAACGGAGUGUGACAAGAUCAAAACGGUGAGUCUGAUCUUAUCCCGCUUGCUGGGCAAGAAGUUUUUAGCGUUGGAGGAAGCAAAGAACAUGGAAGGGCAAGAGAAUCCAGAUAGACAUUUCCAAAGGAGUUAGCAUCUUGUUGAUUUAUGCUUUGGAAGGUCAGCUUUCUUGAUUAACAUAAAAACCUUUCUUUUUGAGAGAUGUUUGAAUGAAUAGGAGUUUCUGUAGAAAGUUGUGUUGCUAAUUUACUUGUGACAGUCCAUGUAUAAAAGUUCCAUGUGUAAAUCA